AUGAAGUUUCUAGAAUAUCCAAUGCCGCUAUUGACACUGGAGGCCGCAACAUGGGUGGAUAUUAUGAGCCCGGUUCUACAGGUCUGCCUGCCGAAAGCCGGUAUCUGCAGAAGUUUUCCGUGUGAUAUGGUGUUGGCUCCAUUGAAGUUCCAAGGCCUGGGCAUCCCACAUCCGUUCGGCUCACAGGUUUCCAAGCAUAUCGAGACUCUCCUCCGUCAUUCGACCAACAAGACAAAAACCGGAGCCUACCUGGAAGCCGCUUUGCAAGAACACCAGCUCGAAACGGGCACUUCGUUCGGUGUCUUUCAGCAGGAUUAUUGCAACACUGCCGUCUUGGCUUCCGAUACAUGGAUAAAGCGAGUCUGGAAAGAAUUGGAGAACAUGGACAUCUAUGUGGCCUUUGAUUCUCCGGCCUUACCACUACGAUGCGUCGGUGAUGCUCUGCUGGUGGAAGUGUUUAUGGAUUUGGAGGUGAACCAAGACGAUCUGAAAUGGCUCAAUUGGUGUCGUAUGUUCCUUCAAGCGUGCACCGUUUCCGACAUUGUCACGGCUGAUGGACGAUGCAUCCGCCAGUCGGCUUGGUGCGGAGAGCGUGAUGAAAUCCACCGGUCCCCAUAUCAAUGGCCGCGGACAGUUCGACCAAACCGGAAUCACUGGCGUCUAUGGCAGGACACCUUGACCCGGGCACUUCUGCAGUCGGAUGACCCCUCUCAUCAUCUCCGCCAACCGUUGGGCCCUUGGUUUGACUCUAUUGACGACUGGAACUGGCUGGUUUCCCCAACGCAUGGCGUCUUUCAUCGUCAUGGACAUGCUUGGAGACACUACGGUCACCGAUUAGGUUCCUACUCCUCUAGCCGGCGGUUCCACAUGAGGCCGGCAUCUCACAGGACGUCUGGGAUUAAAACACCGAUGGCAGCCCUUGACGUCGCCGAAGCCCUCUCGCCGUCGGUUCCUUUUUGGACCAAGCCACUCCCAGAUGAUGUAUGCCGAGUGACAGCUCAGCCACUGCAUGGGUUAGAGGAGAUUGUGAUCUUGGGGGUGGGCCUGGAGCAUCAGUCUCCGCGACCAGUUCCCCAACCGUCCUUAUUCACUGCAUGGGAAGCAGCAUCAGCAGAAGUUGACGAGUACUUUGGAUGGACCCCCGAGGAACUUGAGAUUGUCGGUGAUGAAGGACGGCUGGUGGAGGCCUUACUGUCUGGUCACCUCUGCGUGAUAAGCGACGGAUCAUACAAGCGAGACCUGGGAACGGCGGCUGUCCAACUACUCCCAAGAAAAGGGGAGAAGGACCGCAUCAUUGUCCGGUGCCAGACUCCCGGAUUGCCCCAGGAUCAAAGCGCCUAUCGGAGUGAACUGAUCGGCUUGCUCGCAGGCAUCAUGGUUAUCGACUGGUUGCUCCACCAGUGGGCGCCGACGCUCCAAUCUAAACCCCGCGUAAGGAUAGCGUGUGAUGGGUUUUCCACCCUUCUCAAUACCUUUAGUGAUAAUCGAGUCACUCCCCAACAGGCGCAGUUUGACCUGGUCUCUUCCCUCCGCGAGGCCCUUGCGCGCUCCAAAGCAUCGUGGGAGCCUAGUCAUGUGUAUGGUCACCUUGACCACGCUACGCCCUUUUCGUCCCUGUCUUGGUGGUCCAAAAGGAAUGUUGAAGUGGAUAAUUGGGCAGUGGCAUACCGCCAUCAGUUGGAGGCUUCUAACCAACUGAUUGCACCCAAUGCUCGCUUCUUUACUGAGUUGGCCGCUCUCUACAUCGGAGGCGUUAAGCAGUCUCGAUUGGAUCCAGACUACAUCCAAGAGCUGUUUGCGCUUCCCGCCCUCCGCAAGAGGUGGCGCGAGAAACUCACGGUCACCCCAGGGCCGCGGACAGUUCGACCAAACCGGAAUCACUGGCGUCUAUGGCAGGACACCUUGACCCGGGCACUUCUGCAGUCGGAUGACCCCUCUCAUCAGCUCCGCCAACCGUUGGGCCCUUGGUUUGACCCUAUCGACGACUGGAACUGGCUGGUCUCCCCAACGCAUGGCGUCUUUCAUCGUCAUGGACACGCUUGGAGACACUACGGUCACCGAUCAGGUUCCUACUCCUCUAGCUGGAGGUUCCACAUGCGGCCUGCAUCUCACAGGACGGCUGGGAUUAAACGACCGAUAGCAGCCCUUGACGUCGCCGAAGCCCCCUCGCCGUCGGUUCCCUUUUGGACCAAGCCACUCCCAGAUGAUGUAUGCCGAGUGACAACCCAGCCACUGCAUGGGGUAGAGGAGUUUGUGAUUUCGGGGGUGGGCCUGGAGCAUCAGUCUCCGCGACCUGUCCUCCACCCGUCAUUAUUCACUGCUUGGGAAGCAGCUUCGGCAGAAGUUGACGAGUACUUUGGAUGGACCCCCAACGAACUUGAGAUUGUCGGUGAUGAAGGACGGCUGGUGGAGGCCUUACUCUCUGGUCAUCUUUGCGUGAUAAGCGACGGAUCAUACAAGCGAGCCCUGGGAACGGCGUCCGUCCAACUACUCCCACGAAAAGGGGAGAAGGACCGCAUCAUUGUUCGGUGCCAGACUCCCGGAUUGCCCCAGGAUCAAAGCGUCUAUCGGAGUGAACUGAUCGGCUUGCUCGCAGGCAUCAUGGUUGUUGACUGGUUGCUCCAACAGUGGGCGCCUAUGCUCCAUUCUAAACCCCGCGUAAGGAUAGCGUGUGAUGGGUUUUCCGCCCUUCUCAAUACCUUUAGUGAUAAUCGAGUCUCUCCCCACCAGGCGCAGUUUGACCUGGUCUCUUCCCUCCACAAGGCCCUUGCGCGCUCCAAAGCAUCGUGGGAGCCUAGUCAUGUGUAUGGUCACCUUGACCACGCUACGCCCUUUUCGUCCCUGUCUUGGUGGUCCAAAAGGAAUGUUGAAGUGGAUAAUUGGGCAGUGGCAUACCGCCAUCAGUUGGAGGCUUCUAACCAACUGAUUGCACCCAAUGCUCGCUUCUUUACUGAGUUGGCCGCUCUCUACAUCGGAGGCGUUAAGCAGUCUCGAUUGGAUCCAGACUACAUCCAAGAGCUGUUUGCGCUUCCCGCCCUCCGCAAGAGGUGGCGCGAGAAACUCACGGUCACCCCAGGGCCGCGGACAGUUCGACCAAACCGGAAUCACUGGCGUCUAUGGCAGGACACCUUGACCCGGGCACUUCUGCAGUCGGAUGACCCCUCUCAUCAGCUCCGCCAACCGUUGGGCCCUUGGUUUGACCCUAUCGACGACUGGAACUGGCUGGUCUCCCCAACGCAUGGCGUCUUUCAUCGUCAUGGACACGCUUGGAGACACUACGGUCACCGAUCAGGUUCCUACUCCUCUAGCUGGAGGUUCCACAUGCGGCCUGCAUCUCACAGGACGGCUGGGAUUAAACGACCGAUAGCAGCCCUUGACGUCGCCGAAGCCCCCUCGCCGUCGGUUCCCUUUUGGACCAAGCCACUCCCAGAUGAUGUAUGCCGAGUGACAACCCAGCCACUGCAUGGGGUAGAGGAGUUUGUGAUUUCGGGGGUGGGCCUGGAGCAUCAGUCUCCGCGACCUGUCCUCCACCCGUCAUUAUUCACUGCUUGGGAAGCAGCUUCGGCAGAAGUUGACGAGUACUUUGGAUGGACCCCCAACGAACUUGAGAUUGUCGGUGAUGAAGGACGGCUGGUGGAGGCCUUACUCUCUGGUCAUCUUUGCGUGAUAAGCGACGGAUCAUACAAGCGAGCCCUGGGAACGGCGUCCGUCCAACUACUCCCACGAAAAGGGGAGAAGGACCGCAUCAUUGUUCGGUGCCAGACUCCCGGAUUGCCCCAGGAUCAAAGCGUCUAUCGGAGUGAACUGAUCGGCUUGCUCGCAGGCAUCAUGGUUGUUGACUGGUUGCUCCAACAGUGGGCGCCUAUGCUCCAUUCUAAACCCCGCGUAAGGAUAGCGUGUGAUGGGUUUUCCGCCCUUCUCAAUACCUUUAGUGAUAAUCGAGUCUCUCCCCACCAGGCGCAGUUUGACCUGGUCUCUUCCCUCCACAAGGCCCUUGCGCGCUCCAAAGCAUCGUGGGAGCCUAGUCAUGUGUAUGGUCACCUUGACCACGCUACGCCCUUUUCGUCCCUGUCUUGGUGGUCCAAAAGGAAUGUUGAAGUGGAUAAUUGGGCAGUGGCAUACCGCCAUCAGUUGGAGGCUUCUAACCAACUGAUUGCACCCAAUGCUCGCUUCUUUACUGAGUUGGCCGCUCUCUACAUCGGAGGCGUUAAGCAGUCUCGAUUGGAUCCAGACUACAUCCAAGAGCUGUUUGCGCUUCCCGCCCUCCGCAAGAGGUGGCGCGAGAAACUCACGGUCACCCCAGGGCCGCGGACAGUUCGACCAAACCGGAAUCACUGGCGUCUAUGGCAGGACACCUUGACCCGGGCACUUCUGCAGUCGGAUGACCCCUCUCAUCAGCUCCGCCAACCGUUGGGCCCUUGGUUUGACCCUAUCGACGACUGGAACUGGCUGGUCUCCCCAACGCAUGGCGUCUUUCAUCGUCAUGGACACGCUUGGAGACACUACGGUCACCGAUCAGGUUCCUACUCCUCUAGCUGGAGGUUCCACAUGCGGCCUGCAUCUCACAGGACGGCUGGGAUUAAACGACCGAUAGCAGCCCUUGACGUCGCCGAAGCCCCCUCGCCGUCGGUUCCCUUUUGGACCAAGCCACUCCCAGAUGAUGUAUGCCGAGUGACAACCCAGCCACUGCAUGGGGUAGAGGAGUUUGUGAUUUCGGGGGUGGGCCUGGAGCAUCAGUCUCCGCGACCUGUCCUCCACCCGUCAUUAUUCACUGCUUGGGAAGCAGCUUCGGCAGAAGUUGACGAGUACUUUGGAUGGACCCCCAACGAACUUGAGAUUGUCGGUGAUGAAGGACGGCUGGUGGAGGCCUUACUCUCUGGUCAUCUUUGCGUGAUAAGCGACGGAUCAUACAAGCGAGCCCUGGGAACGGCGUCCGUCCAACUACUCCCACGAAAAGGGGAGAAGGACCGCAUCAUUGUUCGGUGCCAGACUCCCGGAUUGCCCCAGGAUCAAAGCGUCUAUCGGAGUGAACUGAUCGGCUUGCUCGCAGGCAUCAUGGUUGUUGACUGGUUGCUCCAACAGUGGGCGCCUAUGCUCCAUUCUAAACCCCGCGUAAGGAUAGCGUGUGAUGGGUUUUCCGCCCUUCUCAAUACCUUUAGUGAUAAUCGAGUCUCUCCCCACCAGGCGCAGUUUGACCUGGUCUCUUCCCUCCACAAGGCCCUUGCGCGCUCCAAAGCAUCGUGGGAGCCUAGUCAUGUGUAUGGUCACCUUGACCACGCUACGCCCUUUUCGUCCCUGUCUUGGUGGUCCAAAAGGAAUGUUGAAGUGGAUAAUUGGGCAGUGGCAUACCGCCAUCAGUUGGAGGCUUCUAACCAACUGAUUGCACCCAAUGCUCGCUUCUUUACUGAGCUGGCCGCUCUCUACAUCGGAGGCGUUAAGCAGUCUCGAUUGGACCCAGACUACAUCCAAGAGCUGGUGGCGCUUCCCGCCCUCCGCAAGAGGUGGCGCGAGAAACUCACCGUCACCCCAGGGAUACCCCGCAGUUUGUCCUAG